UCUCACUCGCUUUUCUCCAUCCUUCUGCCACGACGGAUUUCUCUUCACAAAACCACACAUUAAUUACCAAUCAUCUGAGACACGUCUAUAUCAUUCUUGAUCGCUUGCCAUGUCGUUCACCUCCCAAUCCAUUAUUACCCCUGUGGAUCUAGUUCCGCCUGCGCAAAUAACAGAUCCCAUCACUGUCAUCACUUCCUCAUUUGUAGACACGGUGAACGACGAUGAAGAGGAGGAAUUUGAAGAAGCUUUCCUGCCAUCUAAUUUUGGAGUAACAGGCCACGAGCCAAACACCAAUCCAUCGAACUGGCCAGCAGAGCACCAUCGAAUGCCACCGCAUCGUCCUCCGGUCUUACAUCCACAAUGGGUAGCUGUUGGGGGCCCUCUGCCUAUGAGAAUGUUUCUAUGGAUCAUGUUCUGUGGAUGUCAAUUACUGCAAUAUGGAUAUUCCAUCGCCAGGGCUACUGGUUUACACGAUCGAGGUUAUGGCAUGUAUCAGAUUGGGAACGAGUGGUGA